AGUUUUGGGAUGAGAAACAAAAAGGACUUCUUUGUCAAAUAAUUUUCGAUCAUCUCCUCUCUCUCUCCACUACUAACCAUUUUCUUCCUGUUAUCUGCACCUCCACCACCGUCGGAAGCGCUGCCUCCGUAUUGAACCCCCACUCCACGCCCUCCGCCGAGACCCUAACGCACCACGCCCGCGUCCCAGAGACCAGACGCACAACAGCGCUUUUCAUCUCUUUCUGUUGCUGUUGCGAAGUGGAGCCUCUCGCUCUGAUGGCGGAGAAGAAGCCCUUGAGUCUCAACGAUCGCCACAGUCGCCUUCUCGAAGACUUGUCUUCCCAUUGCCAACCACAUACCCACCUGCCAUGAAUCCCUAUAGACACCCCCAAUCACAGUUUUGUCUAUAUAAAACAGUCACAAGUUCGCCAUGACCACCCUUCAGAUUUCAAGAAUUAACGUUCCAGUGUUCUACGGCCUAUCCGGUGAUCUUAGCAAGAAGAGAAGCUCCUUUGGGCUAAGAUUCCUUCAACCCACCAAUUGUUGUUCUCAAUCAAGAAGAAAAGUCGGUUAUUUCCAAGAGAAUGCAUUCAGAUGGAGGGCUUCUGUGGAGAGAUGGUCUUUGUUUGGGAAGAGCGUAGGGAAAGAUGAGAUUUUCAUGAAAGAGAAGAAGGGGAGGAAGAAGAGGGAUGUUUUAGUUAAAGUUAACCAGGGCUUUGGAUUUAAUGGUGGUGGUGGGGGCGGAAGAGAUAACAACAACACUGUGAGGGUUUUGGGUAAUCUUGCUUUGGCUAUUGGAUUAACUUAUCUUUCGAUGACAGGGCAGCUUGGUUGGGUUUUGGAUGCAAUUGUUUCGAUAUGGAUCAGAAUCCCUCUACACCCUCUUAACGGGUGGACCCAGAUUUUGGCACUGCUGAUGCAACUUUGUCAGGUACCGGUCGAUUGAGGAAAAGGAAACAACGGUGGCAUCAGACGAUCAACAUCAGUUCAGCGGUAGAUUCGCCUCAAUGUUCACAUGAGAUCAAGCUGAAGAGAGAUACACCUAACACUGUAUAGCAUUCUUGUUGAUCUUGAACCCAGGGAUGACGGUGAAAGUCACAUUGGGGUUGCUGGAUGAGAAGAAUGCAUCGUUGUUUACAGACUCAUUUAUUUUGGACUCUUGGGUUUGAAAGUUUGGGUUCUGUUUCAUUCUCUUGAAAAAGAAGAUGAUGAACAAUAUAUUUUAUUUUUAAGGAUAAUUUUAAUAUUUUCAAUAGUUUUAAAUGGCACAUGAGAUGAUGUAAUAUACAUAACUAACGGUACAUUAAUAAUAGAUAUUAAAUUGUUGCAUUUAAAAAAUUUAGGUAGUAUAUUGUUGCAUUUUAAAGUUUGGAUAGUAAAUUGGCACCCGAAAACUUUAUUGGUUUGGACCCAUAGUGGGAAAAGAAUUAUUGCCGUUCGUGGAGUUGCUAUAGUGCUACCUACCGCACAGAACCCUGCAACCAGUCAACAACCUUUUCGUGUAAAGUCGCAAAAAAGUAGUUAUGUACUGAUAAAUCAACGUUUAAUGUCUCAAAAUUACAUACUUAACAAGGCAAUCGACCUAUUCGUCUAAGCUCGUGGGGUUGGUUGCAAAGUCUGGUACACGUACAACCAAGUGAACCAACUAACCAACCUUCCCAAGUACUGGGAAGCUUGCUAAUUUCCGGCAAUGUCCCUGACCGGAGUUUUUGCCGGGAUAUUCCUCCUGUUGGCUCUUUACUGUGGAAUCGACCCCUUUAAGCACAGCGCUAUUUACGAUUUCCCAGAUUUUGUAGCUCACAAAAUCGACUUGCCACCCUGGUCGGAUAUUCCAGUUGAGAGGGACAGUCAGAAUCUGUUACAGAAAGCAGAGAUUAAGUUUCUGAACCAGGUGCAAGGCCCUGAAAGCGUCGCGUUCGAUUCCCUCGGUCGGGGACCUUAUACUGGGGUUGCCGACGGCCGGAUUCUUUUCUGGAACGGCGAGUCCUGGACUGAUUUCGCUUAUACUUCCCCAAAUAGGUCAGAAUUAUGCAGCCCAAAGCCAUCACCAAUGAGUUACUUGAAGAACGAGCACAUCUGCGGCCGUCCACUGGGGCUUAGAUUUGACAAGAAGACAGGAGAACUUUACAUUGCUGAUGCAUAUUUUGGGUUGAUGAAGGUGGGGCCAGAAGGUGGGCUGGCAAAAUCACUUGUUACUGAGGUGGAAGGGGUUCCGUUGAGGUUCACUAAUGAUUUGGAUAUUGAUGAUGAAGGAAAUGUCUAUUUUACAGAUAGCAGCAUCAAAUACCAGAGAAGGAACUUUAUACAGCUAGUUUUCUCUGGAGAGGAUGAUGGAAGGCUUUUGAAGUAUAAUCCACUCACAAAAGAAACCAGUGUCCUCAUGCGGAAUCUCCAAUUCCCAAAUGGGGUGUCCAUGAGCAAGGAUAAGUCUUUCUUUGUCUUUUCUGAUGGAUCCUGUGGCAGAUUAAGGAGAUAUUGGUUGAAAGGUGAGAAAGCAGGGACCUCAGACAUAUUUGCUAUCUUACCUGGAUUCCCUGACAAUGUGAGAACCAAUGAGAGAGGUGAAUUUUGGGUGGCAAUUCACUGUCGUCGCUCUAUGUAUGCUUAUAUAAGCAGCCUCUACCCCAAGCUGAGGAAAUUUUUGCUCAAGCUCCCUGUUCUAGCCAAGUUUCAGUAUCUACUGCAGAUUGGAGGCCGGCAACAUGCAGUUGUUGUCAAAUACAGCCCUGAGGGGAAAAUUCUACAGAUAUUAGAGGACAGCCAAGGGAAGGUGGUUAGAGCUGUUAGUGAAGUGGAGGAGAAGGAUGGGAAGCUGUGGAUUGGGAGUGUCCUGAUGCCCUUUAUGGCAGUUUAUCAGUUAGAAUGAGGCAUGGAUCCCUUUGCUCAAUGCUAUCCAUGUGGUCAAUGGAUGCUCAGCUAGUCUUAUUGCUCAUAUCUGCAACUAGCAUAUUUCCUGCACUCUUUGAUUAUUGAUUAUUUGUGAGGACUAGACAAUACAAAUGUAACCCAUUUUGCACCCCAGUUUUAGUUACAUAAUUAUAGUAGUUUAAUCUAUCAAAAUUUAAGAUUUUCAGUUGCCUUGGAGAAGCA